CAGAAGUAGCCGGGAGCAGACGCUGACAGCGGUAGUGUCUCCAACCAAGCACAGAGUAGCAGAGCAGCGCAGGGUCGGCCUGGCGGUGUCCCCUCCGGGAUCGCCUAGUCCCUGCGCCGGUACAUUCAGCCUCGUUGCACCCCACUUUUUCUGUCUUCCAUAAGUUGUUGCGGAAACCCUUUGGGGGCUGUUUGGUUGUUUGUCUUUUUGUUUUGUUUUGUUUUUAAACUUUAAGUCACCUGGUCUGUACGAGCCCGGAGUCCCCGGGGCAUGUCGCCUGCACGGGACCUGGGAGUUUGAGCAAAUUGCAGCAGCGAAAUCGUUUAUGGAGCUUGGGGCGGGGGCCGAGUCCGCGAUCUUGCCCCGUGCCCGCCGCCUAGGCCAUGCUGCUCCAUCGGCGCGCGGAGCUGCGGCCGCCGGGCCUCCGGGACUAAGCCAGGAGCCGCGGGAGGAGGAGGCGCCGGCGGUGGAGCGGGACGGAGAGCCGCGGCGGCGGGCGGACCCAGUACUAUGGCUGUGUACUGCUAUGCCCUCAAUAGCCUGGUGAUCAUGAACAGCACCAACGAGCUCAAGAGUGGCGGCCCCCGGCCCAGCGGCAGCGAGACGCCCCAGCCCUCUGGGAGGGCCGCGCUGAGCCCCGGCAGCGUCUUCAGCCCUGGGAGAGGCGCUUCCUUUCUCUUCCCCCCAGCAGAGUCGCUGUCGCUGUCGGAGCCCGGGAGCCCAGGGGGCUGGCGCAGCGGCCGGCGCAGGCUGAAUAGUAGCAGCGGUAGCGGAGGUGGCAGCAGCAGCAGCAACAGCAGCAGCAGCAGUGGCGUGGGCAGUCCCAGUUGGGCUGGCCGCCUGCGAGGGGACGCGCAGCAGGUGGUGACGGCCCGCAUCCUCUCCCCACCUGGGCCAGAGGAGGCCCAGAGGAAGCUGCGGAUUCUGCAGCGCGAGUUGCAAAAUGUGCAGGUGAACCAGAAAGUGGGCAUGUUCGAGGCGCAAAUCCAGGCACAGAGCUCUGCCAUUCAAGCGCCCCGAAGUCCGCGUUUGGGUAGGGCUCGUUCGCCCUCCCCGUGUCCCUUCCGAAGUAGCAGCCAGCCCCCCGGAAGGGUCUUGGCUCCGUGCUCCCCAAGUGAGGAACGAAGAACAAAAUCCUGGGGAGAACAAUGUACAGAAACCCCAGAUACCAACUCUGGAAGGAGAAGCAGACUCAGCACACACCCCUUGAAGGACAAGGAGGGAGUAGCCCCUCUUUUAGCCAGCCCGACCAGGUUAGGGACUCAGAGUCCAUCUACUUCAAUGAGAAUGGAAAGAGGUACCCUGGCCAGUCCCCGCUGUGGCUCACCCACACCCAUGGAAAUUGACAAGAGGGUUGAUCCCUCACUGGAGCGCUUUGGAACUAGCUUAACGUUGGCUACUAAAGUAGCAGCUUCAGCCGCAGCCGCUGGACCACACCCUGGACAUGAUCCUGCCCUUAUGGAGACAGCCUGUGAGCUCGGGGGCAUGCGCCCCUGGGAGGCCCAGAUGGAGAGACGGGGGCAGUUUCUGGGCAGGGAGACCGGCUCAGCCCCAGAGCCUGUCCGGACCCACAUGAGAGAACCCCCUGGAAGGGUGGGAAGAGGAAUUCAUUCUGUUGGUGGGCAGGGCUCCCGGACACCUGAAGUCAUCAAAAGGCCAGAAGAGAAGGCUGUGACUGCCCAAAUCUCAGAGCCCUCCGAGGACCCGAGAUGGUCUAGACUGCCUGGAGACCUGGGUUCCAUAGGAUCUGAGAAGGGAGGAAGUAGGAUCUCAGGGAUGCGAGGGCCCCAGCAGACCCUGGACAGUGAGAGAGAAGGCUCUCCAGCACUGGGCUUGCUUGGGGGCAGCCAGGCAGCACAGCCAGGGGGCAGGGGUGUGGAGGCAGGCGUUCAUUAUGGCAGAAUGCUGGAACCUUUACCACCUGGGGAAGUAACAACAAAAUUGAAAGAACCCCAAUGCUUCCCCGGGGACAGGAUGGGAAUGCAGCCUGAGAGUUCCAUAGUUUGGCCCAGUGCCAUGGCGGAAGCUCCCCUGAUCUGGACACGUGACACAGGGGUGCAGUCGAAGGGGACUUGGGGAAGCCAGCUGCGAGACGGAGAUGCUCACCCUAGCUGCCAAGAGAUGCCCCCAGACCAGAAGGACAAGGCCUCCUUAAAAGAGGGCUGCAGCCCCAGCAACAUCCCGGCCAUCCCUGCAGUCAUCAUUACAGAUAUGGGUGCUCAGGAGGAUGGAGGGUUAGAGGAGAUCCAAGGAAGCCCUCGGGGUCCCCUACCUCUGAGGAAGCUGUCGUCCUCCUCAGCCUCCUCCACUGGCUUCUCCUCUUCUUAUGAUGACUCGGAGGAGGACAUCUCCAGUGAUCCUGAGCGCACGCUGGACCCCAAUUCAGCCUUUUUGCAUACCCUGGACCAGCAGAAGCCCAGAGUGAGCAAGUCAUGGAGAAAGAUAAAGAACAUGGUGCAGUGGUCCCCCUUUGUCAUGUCCUUCAAGAAGAAGUACCCCUGGAUCCAGCUGGCAGGACAUGCAGGGAGCUUCAAGGCAGCUGCAAAUGGCCGCAUCCUUAAGAAGCACUGUGAGUCUGAACAGCGCUGCCUGGACCGGUUAAUGGCGGAUGUCCUGAGACCCUACGUGCCAGCCUACCAUGGGGACGUGGUGAAGGAUGGGGAACGCUACAACCAAAUGGACGACCUGCUGGCUGACUUCGAUUCGCCCUGCGUGAUGGACUGCAAGAUGGGUGUCAGGACAUACCUGGAGGAAGAACUCACCAAGGCCCGGAAGAAGCCUAGCUUGCGGAAGGACAUGUACCAGAAGAUGGUCGAGGUGGACCCUGAGGCCCCCACUGAAGAGGAGAAAGCCCAGCGAGCUGUGACCAAGCCGCGUUACAUGCAGUGGCGGGAAACCAUCAGUUCCACGGCCACCCUAGGCUUCAGGAUCGAGGGUAUCAAGAAGGAAGAUGGCUCUGUGAACCGUGACUUCAAGAAGACCAAAACGAGGGAGCAGGUCACCGAGGCUUUCAGAGAAUUCACUAAAGGAAACCAGAACAUCCUGAUCGCCUACCGGGACCGGCUGAAGGCCAUUCGUGCAACCCUGGAAGUCUCUCCCUUCUUCAAGUGCCACGAGGUUAUUGGCAGCUCUCUCCUCUUCAUCCAUGACAAGAAGGAGCAAGCCAAGGUGUGGAUGAUUGACUUUGGGAAAACCACGCCCCUUCCGGAAGGCCAGACCCUACAACACGAUGUCCCCUGGCAGGAGGGGAACCGGGAGGAUGGCUACCUCUCAGGGCUGGACAACCUCAUCGACAUCCUGACGGAAAUGUCCCAGGGCAGCCCACUCACCUGAGGCCACCACCACCGUGCAUAGCCGCGCCACCUUGCCCGCCACCUCUGCCUGUCGCCUCUCUCCUCCCCUAAUUCUUCCUUUUCCUGUCUGAGCGCCUACCUAGAACAGAGCCUCCCAUCUGCACUACAGGACACUUUGGAGAAGAAAAGAGAGUUUUGUUUUGUUUUGUUUUUUUCUAGGUCUUUAUUUCCCUGGCCUCCCACACAGGGGCUUGGGGCUUCUCAUUCUCUCUAAAUAGAACUACCUUCUCGAAGAGAAUUACACAAAGCUAGGCUCCACAUCCUGUUACACUUAGAGCCGGCACAGCACGGGUCCAGAAGGCUGUGGGAUCCCUGGUUGCCUAAGGUCUUGAGAGAUUAAGCCUCCCUCUGGGAGACACUCCCCCACUCCCUGAAAGUUCUAGCGCACACUGGCUACCAGUAGGGGCCUUGCUGCCCCCUAGUGGCUGGUGCCAUCAGUAAACACAUGGGCCCGGAAGCCAGGCCAAGGUCCUGAUUUCUGGGAGUUGGGAAUACAAUCUCUGGGGUUCUGCAUCUGGCUUAGGAGCAAUGUCUCCUCCAGUGAGAAUCCCCAGCUCCCAGGGACACUGAGUGGCUUCUCUAGAGAUGCUAAAUCAGGGGCCCCACAUUGCUAGUGUUUAAACCCUUGGGACCUGGGCCCUCCUAGGAGGAGUAUGGAGAACAGCUCCUUUUCUAAAGAACAUCAGUCACCCUUCCAUCUGGGAGCACUGCCCAUGAAUUCAGAGGGGACAUUCUGCAAAGCUAAGUUUCAGGGAAUGACGUCACCUCCUAGAGCUACUGCUCACUGGCCUUGAUCUGCUUGCUCUGGGAAGGAAGGUCCAGAGCUGGGUACAAUACUCAAGGCUCACACCAACCUCCAGGGAUCUGCAGCAGCUCGGAGAGCUGGCCACGCCCAGGAGAGCAAUCACUAGGCCUUAGGGAACCAGGAUUCUGGCUUCCUGGAAUGAUCCCUAAAUUUCCCUUGAAAUCACGCACUCUCCCAGUUUGAAGGACUUAGACCGGUGUUUCUCCAUGUAAUUCGUUAGUUGCCAGGAUUCAGAGGGCUGCCCAGAGCUAUUGCCCCAAGCCUUCUCCUUGCUGGAGUUCUGAGCUUCUUAAGGGCUAUGGGAAGAUAGAUCGUUGUUAAUCACCACUUCAGCUCUGAAGCAAGUAGCCUCUCUGAUUGAAAAGAGUGUACAACUUGUAUGACUUUUUAAAAGACAAAACUCCUAGCUCUGCUGCCAUUUGGAGCUACCCUCUUCUCCUCUGGGCUUGUCACCUCCUCUUUACUGAGAGACUCUGGAUCACGUGUACAGAGGCUCCUCUGGGUUCCACGCCAGCAGGCACUGAUUAGGGACCAACACCUGGCGACAUAGCUUUGGGCAGGGGUGGCCAUCUUGGCUGUCUACCCCAGCUCCCUGGGGUUUCUAGAGCUGUUGGCCCACGUGGCACAAGUGUUUCCCCUUCAUGCUGGGUGGGUGAGUGACAGUUGGUGGGGGCGGGAGGUGGGACCCACGACGAUGUAUAAGUACAGGUUUUUAAAAAGGAACUCGUUUAAACUUCCUGGCUCCUAUCCAGAUGGGCGGUGAGCUCCUCCUGUGUGGGCUGACUUGCUAAAGGUCACACCCCCCGCCCCCCUUUCUGGGAGCCCAGACCUUGUGACAGCACGUGAUUGGGAAGACGGGCAACCAGGCAUAGGGGGAGGGCAGUAGCAACCAGGCAUCCAGCUCUGGGGCUCUCCAGCUGUAGUUGCUAGAGGGCUUGAGGUGACCUCGUGGUCUGUAUAUCGGCCAUUUGCUGGGAAGGAGUAUCGUUAAUUCCAAGAGUCUACAGCUGUGAUCUGGCCCAAAGUUCCCUCCUGCUGUCUCAGAAAUGUUUGCUAAAGCAAACCACGCAAUGAACAAAAAAAUGCUAGGGACCAGUUUAAUGUACGUAAAGAACAAAAUAUGCGGAGACCUUUAGGAAGGUGCCACCUGUCACAAUAAUGCGCUAAGAUACCGUGACUGGAGGCCGGUUAGCAAGAGCCUCCGGACAGUGCUAGGCAGUGCUUUGUGCUGGGUGUGUUGUGGGUGGGAAAGCGGUGUGGAGAGGCAUCUUUCUAGGGCUAGUCUGUUGCCAAGGGUGUCUUGCUUAGUUGGGGCUUGUAUUUGUAUGCUAGUACCCACUCUCUGUCUCCCAAACCAUUCUCACUUCUCUCUUGCCAGAGGCCCCUCCUUCCUGCUCUGCCAGGAUGGGCAGAGCUCAGAUGGAAUUUCCCAGAACCUCCAGCAGUCUGAUAAACCGAGUUCUAGGAGGCCUGGUGGUGACUCCCAAGGUCCUGGCCACACAGGUGCUGGGACAUGGGACAGGCUCCAUGUACCUAUGUGCAGGGUCCCUGGGGCCCUCCUGCUCUUGGGCCACCAGAUAUCUUGGUGGUCAGCUCUGCUUCACACACGCUGGAGUGCUUCGAUUGCUUUCCCCAGACUAGACUUUAGUGCCCUUGAAGAAGUGUUUAAGUUAUAUUUAUUUUGUUUUUUUUUUUUUUUGUUUUAAUUGCACAAAACACUAAGAUGAAAGGCUGGGCUGUUCCUCCUAAGCUCCGAGACCUGCCUUCUGGGGCCUCAAGACAGAUGCUGUUCACCUUUGGCUGGCUGUAGUUAGCUUCGAAAUCGCCUGUAUUCUGACAACCGUUAGUGUAUAGGCCCCACCUCUUGAUCCAGGUCGCUGGCCCAUCAGUGCCUUUUAGGAGGAGAGGAUCCUCCCUGCACCCGGACAGGCUGGCUCUCCUCCUCUGAACUCCUCCCUCUCGGGACUGUUACAUCCCCUGCCCUGUGCCCGGUCAACUGUAGAUGCUAUCUCCCUUCCCAAUAAAGGCUUUG